CAGCUCGGAAGGAGUAACUAUCAAAAACAAAAAACGCUCGCGCUUUUAAAUAGCGCCUCGUUACUUCUGGGAGUGCAAAUUUUUCAUCCUUGGAUUGCUUCCUGCGAAAGACCAGUCGUGGAUUAAAAAACGCCUUUUCUGUGCAUGCGAGGUUCUACCUAGUCGGUGCGUGCAAGCAGCUACAGCAGAAAUAAAUCGGAGACAUGUCUGCAACAAUUUUGUCCGAUUUCUAUGACAUCGACAUGCUGUACAAGAUGGAGAAAGGCCUGAAUGUGAAUGCAGUGCUUGACAAGAGGGCGGUGGGCGCUCCCCUGUCUACAUCAAGUACCACCAACAGUUGCUCUUACACGCCGGAUUUUUUCCGGAGCAAUUCUACCUGCAGCACCACGACAGCCAUGAUGAACAAGGAGAACAAGUUUCGGGACCGCGCGUACAGCGAGGGCGGGGACCGCAGCCCACAGCUGCAAGAGCUACUGCAGCAGAAACCUGCCUCUCAGAUCAACUCGACCCGCUACAAAACCGAGUUGUGUAGGCCCUUCGAGGAAAACGGAACGUGCAAAUACGGGGAGAAGUGCCAGUUCGCUCAUGGCUUCCACGAGUUGAGAAAUCUAUCUCGCCACCCGAAGUAUAAAACCGAGCGCUGUCGCACCUUCCACAGCUCCGGCUACUGCCCGUACGGUCCCCGCUGCCACUUUAUCCACAAUGCCGACGAACGCAGACCGGUGCCCGCCAAUGCAAACAUGCAGGGAGACCCCAAACAAACUGUACGAGAGCCGUGCACGUUCGGGCAGAGGGAGGCGGCGAAGCACCGCGUCGCUUUCAAUCGAAACGACAGGCCCAAGCUAAACCAUAGCCUGAGUUUCAGCGGUGUCACCAGCGACAACGUCCUCGAAACGUCCUUCCUUGAAGCCCACACGUCCCGCACGCCUCCGCCCCCCUACUCUCAACCCUGCUCUUCUAACCUCUACGACGAUGUCCUGUCGCCGAUGUCUUCUUCGUGCAUGAACAGUGCCUUUUCUCUUCCGCGACAGGACCUGCAAGCCCUGCUCGCACCCCUGGCUAUUAACGCGCACAACGGUUGUUAUGCCAACCAGUCCGGCGGUGGUUUCUACGGAAAUCUGCAUACCAGGGUCUGCUCGCCGUCGCCGCAGUACAGACUGUCCCUGGGUCGCCUUUCCGAGUCGCCGGUGUUCGACGCGCCCCCGAGUCCCCCCGACUCCCCCUCGGACCGCGACAGCUGCGUGAGUGGGUCCCGCAGCUCCUCCGGUAGUCUGAGCGGCUCUGAAUCGCCGAGUCUGGAUGCUGGAAGACGUCUACCAAUCUUCAGCAGGCUGUCGAUUUCAGACGACUGAACAAUUUCCAUUCACUCAUUCACUCUUAGAAGCUAUAAUAUGGGUUGGGAAAGGAUUUUGCGUGAUGCCAAGUUAUAUCGCACCGGUUUGUUUCCCAGGUCAGCACAUGUAUACGUUAAUGAUCAAAAGCAGAGCCAAAUAUCUUACAGAAACAGUUUUAGUAUGAUGAAUGUAUGGCAAACGUUAGCUUGCUAGACAAGCUGCCAACAAAGUGCAUUCCAUCCUUUUCUAAUCAAUUCAGAUUACUUCUGCAGGUGAAGGUUUGGUAUCAGAUAGUUCGUAUUCCAACACUUUAUAACGAGACUGUUUUCUAGUAUCCUGCCACGAAUAUGCCUUGGUCUGUGUGUGUGUGUGUGUGU